AGUGGUGAUCUACCUUCAGUUGUUGGCGAUCAUCAGCCCUUUUAUAUAUUGUAUUGUCCUACUUUGAAAUACUAUUUUAAAGAUAUAUCUAGUUUUAUUUCUUAUCACCGAUAUCCUAGUUGUUUUUAAGUCACGAUAGGGCUGAAAUACUUCCACUGUGACUAUAAACUUUAACUCACUCACUCAAUCUUGUGCGGACACUGAGAUGUAUCCGCAAGUGACGCGAUUGCAGGCCAGGAAGCGGGAAAUCAGUAUGAAGAAUGAAACGGUCGGUAAUGUGUCAGUGAAGUAUAUUCCUCAGCCUAUACCACUCAUGAACCAUGUCGGUCUUUCAUCUAAUGCUUCACAUUUUGUUCAUUGAAAGGAUAUCAGGAACACCACGCUGCUCGGUAAGUGAUACAAAUGUCCACUGCUAUCCGUGUACAGACAUAUGUGACCCGCAAAGCAACAGCUGCUUCAAGUGCCCCAAACAAUGUGACAGUACUGUAAAUAAGGACGCAUGCACGUCAGUCUGUAGCGAGCAGUGUCUUGACAACACGUGUGAAUACGUAAAUGCAAAUCUGAAAUGUUCUGACGGGUGUCAAGAAGGACGAACAGGUUCUUACUGCCAAGAGUUUUGUCCACACGACUGUGCAACCUGUGACCAACACACGUCAGUGUGUACCUCUUGCAGAGAUGGACACGAGACCUGCACUCGUAAAGGUUUAGGCCUUUGUUCGGUGAGUGAUACAAAUGUGCGCUGUCUGCCAUGUUCAGAGGUCUGCAACCCCAAGGUGAACAAGUGUUUCAGUUGCCCCAUACAGUGUGGGAAGUCCAUUUCCGUAGACAGAUGUGAUUCAGUUUGCAAUGAAAACUGCCUACAUGGAAGAUGUGAAUACGAGAACGGAAAACUGAAAUGCUCAGCCGGGUGUGAGAAUGGACGAACGGGGAUAUCAUGUCAGGAGUUCUGUCCACCACAAUGCAAAACGUGUGAUCAGUUCACUUCAGCGUGUACUCAAUGUGCAUCUGGUUACGGAGAAAACUGUACAGAGGUGACCAAACCUAACUGUUGCCCUGAGUCCAGCAUAACUGAAAUCCAGUGUAAAGUGAUCAAACAGAAUGUUUGCAGAGAACAUCAAGGAUGCUUCGCACGCAAACCUGAGACAACUUCAGACUGUAUUGAAAUCAUUAAGGAAACCCCGAAUGUUAGCUCCUGUAGCUUCGAAUGUGUACAGCAAUUGUGUACUCCAUUUCUGAACUUUAGCACUUGUGCGGAACUGGAUUUUAAUGAUGACCCUGCCGGACGACCCUGGACGGUUUGGCUGAUAUGCGGCUUUGACCUGUUUGCUGUUUUAGUAUUGGCCUGCUUGACUAUCAGAUGCAUCAUGAGACGGAAGAGAACUGUAGCUAUCAUCGAAAGUGUCUUGCCAGAACUCCCGGAGGUAGCGGAAGAUGACCUGGAACAAAACACGCACUUUACGUUUGCUUUAGGUGCCAUUGGCGUGUGAGUGAGUGAGUGAGUUUACGUUUACGCCGCACUCAGCAAUAUUCCAGCUAUAUAGCGGCGGUCU